AUGAAUACUCAAGACCAUGAUGCUGGGGUGAAAACAAGAUCAAUGAAUGUAAGUGAAAGACUAGUAGAUAUGUCUGCAAAACGAGUUUAUUGUCAUAUAUCAAAAGCAAAGAAAACAUAGUUAAUUCAAACUGUACUGAAAUAAAAAUGCAAAAUUAAGAAAGUAAGAUUUUCUAAAAAUUUUAGAUAGCAAAAGACCUUAAUAUUAACUAUGCUACUGCCAAAACUAUACUACAUUGCUAUAAGAAAAAGGAAAUUAAUUUGGAUGAAGAUUCAGAGUUAAAAAGGGCUAGUUAUAGUUCAUUAAAGAAUGACCCUAAAUUAUACGUUUAAAUUAAAGAAGGAGAAAAAGUAAUAAACCACUAUGAAUAUUUUGAUAUGAUAAAAAGAAGCUAAUGA